AUCCAAUCUGCGUUGAAUUACAGUCGGAUGGAAACCGGAGCUGAUUCAUCUUGUGAGGGAUUUCAUCGAAAAUUCAGGUUUUUUGAUAGAUUCAUGGGAGAAAUGAUUGUGGAUGCCCUUGCAGUUGAAAUGCCCAACACUAAACAGUUAAUCUCAGUGUGGCACUGGCAAGUAGCCUCCAAAUGCAUGGAGACAUUCUUGAGGAAUAUUCUAAGCUUGCAGUGCUUCUUCAAGCAGGAAUUCAUGCUGCUUGGGUGUAGGAUUGGACAGAUUUGAGAACUCGGUGUAAAGAGCUGCAUUUGUUGAUGUCAUUCUUAUAACAGCAUGGCCAAUAGAAGGCUUCACUGAGAGCAUAGGACCUCUGCUAUAGAAGGUAAUCAAGAAGGCGAAGUCGCGGGAACUUUAUGAAACAAAUCGUGUCAAACGAAUAGUAAUGUCCGCUGUCACGUGUUUGCCUGUGAUUUGCUAUUACUACGUUGCACUCGGUAUUAUGAGUGAUUCAAAAGGAGCCGUUACAACUUGCAAAGUUGACCGCUGAGGAGAUAAGUUGGGAUUGCUUCAUUCUUCCUUUCAUUUUCCUUUCUGGUUCAGAUAUAUGCAUAUUUGGUUUUCCAUCACCUACUAGCUGCACAAUUUAGUCUAUUACAGAAGAACGAAAACAAGGUAUUCACAUUUGGUUUUAAUUCAACAGUAAAAUUGUUAUGCUUUAUGGUCUAUUUUCCCUCUUUGUAAGUAUGAAAAACUCCCAAUUAGGGCCAAUCUCAUUUACUAUCAUGAUUGUACAGCUUUUUCAGUAUUUCUGUUCCUUUAUUUAAUUGAUUAAUGGAGUCCCGAUGUUUUCUUUCACUCUGCAGAUAAUUUUUGUGGUUAGUCUUUAGUCUUUCUGCCAAUAAAACUGUAGUUCUCUUGUUUACUUUUGUUAUAGUUCAUAGUUUAAUGUGUUGAUUCAUCUAUUUCUAAUGACCUUCCUAAAAUUUCUAAUUUUAAGUCCUUGAAAUGUGUUGCAUUCUGAAUCAUUCUCUUCCAGAAAAUGGUGAUUUUCCUUGACUUAAUUUUCUUUUGCUCGGACAUAAUUCUGCUACAAUUUAGCAUAUGAGUUCGCCCGUUUGCGGUACAAUCAUGAAAGUAAACUCAGUUUCUUUUGCUCGGAGUAACUUUUAUGAACUAAACUUAGCACCAGUUUCUCCACAACAUUUAAGUUUAUAGUUAGAUUACUGUUUAUGCGUUUUCUAAUUCAUUUUUUCUCUGUUAUCGAAGUGAGUUAUCAUUUAUUUAAAAUUCCUAGAAUUUUGAUGCGAAGGGAGUUCCAUUUGUUGUUAUAUCGUGCUGAAAAUUUCUAAUUUUAAGUGGCCUAUGUCAACACUCUUAACACAGGAGGCUAAAGACUGCUGUUGUCAUGUCUGAGAUUGGGAACGAGUUCGCCCGUUUGCGGUCUGACUAUGUGCCACCAAUUGGACACAUUGAAGAAGUUAUGAUCAACAUUUUGUCCAGGCUUCCUGUGAAAACAGUUGUAGCGUGCAAAUGUGUUGCCAAACAUUGGUUGAAAUUGAUAUCUGAACCACAAUUUCCUCAUUUGCAACUAAACUGGUCGAAGAAAAAACCAAAAUAUAUCAUAUGUCCUUAUCCUGAGGACUAUGAUACGAUCAAUCAUCUAUGUCUACUGGAGGAAAAUGGGAAAAUCAUUGAAGAUGUCCCCCUUUUUGGUUUUGACGAAGUUUGCUCGCCUGAGAUAACUUGUUUCUUGAAUGGUCUCAUAUGCAGUGUGAAUGAAGAUAGUGAUGGUCUGAAUGAUGUGGACAUCAACAUUUUCAACCCGAUUACUCGUGACUCCAUAGUACUUCCCAGAGGAAGUCCCUCGGUAGUAAUUCCAUCGGUUGGGAUUGGUUUUGACCCCAAGAGUAAUGACUUCAAAGCAUUUCGCUUCUUCUCGGAUUCAUCUAAAGGGGAAGAUGUUAAGUAUAAGUGUGAGGUAUACACCUCUGGUUCUACUGCAUGGCGAAGAAUUUCUGAGGAUGUGCAACGGCCCCAGAGUAGUCCUGUUAACCCAUUCUGCCCUUACUAUGCUAGUAUAGCUGGAACAGUUUACUGGUUUGUAUGGGCACAAGAUCAAUCUGGGACUCCUGUUCGUAUUCUCUCAGUUGACAUGAACGACAGCUUCACUGAGAUCAGCCUGCCCACCCCGCUGAAUGAGUGGAGUUUCUUGACUGAAAUAGAGGGCUGCUUGUCAGUGGUUCACUUUAGUAAUCCAGAAACAAUUGCACUGAACCACCAAUAUGAAGAUCCUUAUCUUGAGAUAUAUAAAUUGGAGAACUCCCGGUGGCACUUGAGAUCUAAGUCCACCAUAGAUCUUAUCAACGUCCACAGCAUCAACUCAGUUGCUGCCAGGGAUACUGAAAUAUUCUUCAUCAUUAAACAUGAUGAUGAAUCCAUCUGCUACCUCAUCUUCGAUUUUGUGGAAGAAACCUUCACGACACUUGAUCUGGAUGAGCAAUUUGAGGGUGAUUGUCCUGUUGCAUUUCCAUUCGUCGAAAGCCUCCUCAAGUGUAGCGGAGCUUAGGCGAGACAGUUUCUGGACUUCAGUUGCGGUGUUCGUCUUCCUUUAAGUUUGCAACUCUCUGCUUGGAAUAAUUUGCUGGUGGAAAGUGAAAUGGAAUAAGACUGUGAGGUUCCAGUAUUUGAAGCCCUUUCCUUUGUGUUGUGUGUUUAAUGUUAAGAAUUUCUUAUAAACUGAAUAAUCUGCAUUUAAAUAUGAAUUUAAGACUUGCAACUAUGUGAUGGUAAGUUGUGAUGAAA